CGCCGCCGCCCCCGGAACCCCCGGAGCCCCCCGAGCCCCAAGCCAUGGGCGACGAGGACGAGGAGGAGGGCUGCGCCGUGGAGCUGCGGAUCACAGACGCCAACUUGACCGGGCAUGAGGAGAAGGUGAGCGUGGAGAACUUCGAGUUGCUCAAGGUGCUGGGCACGGGAGCCUACGGGAAGGUGUUCCUGGUGCGGAAGGCCGGCGGGCACGACGCGGGGAAGCUGUACGCCAUGAAGGUGCUGCGCAAGGCGGCCAUCGUGCAGCGGGCCAAGACGCAGGAGCACACGCGCACGGAGCGCUCGGUGCUCGAGCUGGUGCGCCAGGCGCCCUUCCUGGUCACGCUGCACUACGCCUUCCAGACCGAUGCCAAGCUGCACCUGAUCCUGGACUACGUCAGUGGGGGGGAGAUGUUCACCCACCUGUACCAGCGCGAACACUUCUCGGAGGCCGAAGUGCGGGUCUACGGCGGGGAGAUCGUGCUGGCCCUGGAGCACCUGCACAAGCUGGGCAUCAUUUACCGAGACAUGAAGCUCGAGAACGUCCUGCUGGACUCGGAGGGCCACAUCGUGCUCACGGACUUUGGCCUCAGCAAGGAGUUCCUGUCGGAGGAGAAAGAGCGGACCUUCUCCUUCUGUGGCACCAUCGAGUACAUGGCUCCCGAGAUCAUUCGAGGGAAGUCCGGGCACGGCAAGUCUGUAGACUGGUGGAGUCUGGGCAUCCUUCUUUUUGAACUGCUGACCGGGGCAUCCCCCUUCACUCUGGAGGGUGAGAGGAACACGCAGGCCGAGGUCUCCCGGCGGAUUCUGAAAUGUAACCCUCCCUUUCCCUCUCGGAUUGGGCCAGUUGCUCAGGACCUGCUCAAGAAGCUCCUGGAGAAGGACCCCAAAAAGCGGCUGGGGGCGGGGCCCCAGGGGGCCCAGGAGGUGAAGGAUCACCCCUUCUUCCAGGGUCUGGAUUGGGCGGCUCUGGCUGCCAGGAAAGUCCCGGCCCCAUUCCGACCGCAGAUCCGUUCAGAGCUGGAUGUGGGCAACUUUGCUGAAGAAUUUACCCGGCUGGAGCCCGUCUAUUCACCCCCUGGCAGUCCACCCCCUGGGGACCCUCGCAUCUUCCAGGGUUACUCCUUUGUGGCUCCUUCCAUUCUGUUUGACCGAAACAAUGCCGUGAUGACGGACGUCCUGGAGCUGCCAGGGGGCGGGGACAGGCCCGGCAGGGCGGCUGUGGCCAGGAGUGCCAUGAUGCAGGACUCCCCCUUCUUCCAGCUAUACGAGCUGGACCUGCGGGAACCUGCCUUGGGCCAGGGGAGCUUCUCUGUGUGUCGCCGCUGCCGCCAGCGUCAGAGCGGGCAGGAGUUUGCCGUCAAGAUUCUCAGCCGCAGGCUGGAGAUGAACACUCAGAGGGAGAUCGCCGCCCUGAGGCUUUGCCAGUCCCACCCCAAUGUGGUCAAACUCCAGGAAGUCCACCACGACCAGUACCACACCUACCUGGUGCUGGAGCUCCUGCGGGGCGGGGAGCUGCUGGAGCACAUCCGGAAGAAGCAGCAUUUCAGCGAGUCCGAGGCCAGCCAGAUCCUGCGCAGCCUGGUGUCGGCGGUCAGCUACAUGCACGAAGAGGCCGGGGUGGUGCACCGGGACCUGAAGCCCGAGAAUAUCCUGUAUGCUGAUGAGGCUCCCGGAGCCCCAGUGAAGAUUAUUGACUUUGGCUUUGCCCGGCUGCGGCCUCAGAGCCCGGCAGGGCCCAUGCAGACCCCCUGCUUCACCCUCCAGUAUGCUGCCCCCGAGCUGCUCGCCCACCAGGGCUACGAUGAGUCCUGUGACCUCUGGAGCCUGGGGGUCAUCCUGUAUAUGAUGCUGUCCGGGCAGGUUCCCUUCCAGGGGGGGCCCGGCCGGGGAGGACAGAGCCAGGCAGCUGAGAUCAUGAGGAAAAUCCGCGAGGGCCGAUUCUCCUUGGAUGGGGAGGCCUGGCAGGGCGUCUCGGAGGAGGCCAAGGAGCUCGUCCGAGGACUCCUGACGGUGGACCCUGCCAAGAGGCUGAAGCUGGCUGACCUUCGGGGCAGCACGUGGCUGCAGGAUGGCAGUGCCCGCUCCUCCCCUCCCCUCCGGACCCCAGACGUGCUAGAGUCCGCAGGGCCUGCUGUGCGCUCCGGGGUCAAUGCCACUUUCAUGGCAUUCAACAGAGGCAAGAGGGAGGGCUUCUUUCUGAAGAGCGUGGAGAACGCCCCCCUGGCCAAACGGCGCAAGAUGAAGCUAGGCAGCUCCGAGCCAGCCCGGAAGGGCUCCCCUGGCCCUCCCCCAGCCCCCGCCCCCUCCACCCAGGGACGAGGAGCCCCACCUGCCAAGGGGGCUCCUCGCCGAGCCAAAGGCCCCCUCCCUCCCUCCUAGCAGGGCUCGGCAGGGAGCUGGGUGAGGGGGGCUGCCUGAGCCAGGGGCCACUGUGACCCCGGGGUUGGAGAGGAGGUCAGCCCUGAGGAGAGGGGAACUGGGACCCUGGGAGGAGAAAGUGGGGGGGUUCAUGACUCUGGAUUGGGCCUCGGGGAGCCGUUCUUGCCCUGCCCCUCCCCCUUUUCUCCUUGCCACCCUUGCCCCUGGAGGCCCUGCCUCCCCAGUCCCUGCCCCCCCCCCCCGCCCCAGAGACCGAGACAGAAGUAUUUUUAUAAACAGAGAACUUUUUUAAUGUCUUUCCAGGUAGAGUUAGUGAUGCAGGGAUUGUGAGAGGAGAGGGGCGGCAGGGCCUGGGGGCCUCCCCACGCUCGCCUCUGCCCCUGGUGCCAGGAUUUCCGGGGGGCAGCCGCGGAGCCUGGGGGUGCCGCCCCCACAGGCCUGCUUGGUGGGCCCUUUCUCCCCCCCCCCCCCAGCUCCUCAUCAGCUUGGCCUUCAGCCAGCCAGGCCUGGGCUCGGAGGGCCAGGUGAGGCCUCUCAGGCCCUCCCGUUUCUCUAAGCACUGAGCUGAGCGGCCCUAGUGAGGACCGGGGCGCCCCCUUCCUCGCCUGCCUCGGGACCCCGACGUCAGGAAGGGGUGUCAGCCCUGUGUCCCAAACUGUCACUUUAUGGGGCGUCUGUGCAAUUCUCUCCACCAAAGACUGAGAGUCUCGUGGAAGCCGCUGCCCCCUGGGAGGGAGGGGGGUGCUGGGGGUCACUGUGAGCUCACCGUCUCCGCCUCAUCCCAGACCUUCCAGGUGGGCCUCCUCCCGUUGCCUGCCUGGGCUGGGCGGCCCCCCCACGCCCCCUCCUCCUGCUUCUGCGCCUGCUGCCCCAGGCUUGGGGGGAGGGGUGCUGGGAGGGUGGGGGUGCUGCUGGCCUGCUGGGAGGGGCUCCCACAUCGCUUCUCUGGUCACUGCCUCAGCCGGCCCAGGCCGUGCCUUUGACUUCAGAAUAAAAAUCCCGUCCCGACA